AUGGGGGCAUCAAGCCCCGCACUCAGCCUGGACUACUUGAGCGAUGUCAGAUUUAGGACAUCCAGGAGGGUUCAGGAGUUCACUGAGGUGUCGUUCGAGGAGAGCGCCUGGAGUAUUCCGCUCCUCGCUGGAUUGAUCGACGUUGGUAUUUUCGAUACGAUGUUCGCAAGUGCCUUGGUUCUUCUGAACCUUUUGAUGCAGUCGGCGUUUUCCAUCAUUCUGCUGACCCCUGCUUUCAUGGGUGACGAGUUUGAGAGCAAGAUCCAGAGCGCCCAAUCCUGGCGAACGAGCGUGGCCCAUGAUGAAAGGUACAUGGAUUUGGCUGGCACUAGCUUGGUAACUCGAGUUUGCAACGGCGAUGGGUCUGUGAUUCUAUCGACCGUGCAAGCCACUCUGGUCGAGCAUGUCAACAGCUUCCUUGGCAUGGAAAAGGAUGAGUUUACUCUUCCGGCUUUCCGGCCGGGAAUUCUUCUAUGCAUGCUCUGCAUUGUGCUUUGGACGUUGUGCAUCUACAAGGAGUUUCGACGGAUUUGGGUACAGCUGGAAGCAGCCGCUGGAAUUCCGAAGGCCUUUGCAACCUCCUUCGGCGAGAACACCUUCGACACCAUGUCGUGGGGUCGCUUUUGUUUGCUUUUGUUGACGUAUGCUUGCCGGACCGUCAUUGCUUCCGUCCUGCUGGUGGCUGGCAUCUUGUGGCUGGCAAGGACAACUUCCAUUUCGGAGCUCAUGUUGAAUGCAGUAGCGCUCAAUGCAAUUCUGGAUGUCGAUGAAUUUCUCUUUGUGGGCAUGACGCCUAUCAAAAUUCAGCACGCCAUCCAGAACUUGGAGCCCAUGCAAGUGAAAUACAGCCGGCGGCGGAGUGAGUGCGAAUCCGUCGUUCAUUUCGUUUCUCUGGUAGCUUUGGUCUCUUGCACGUACUUCUUCCAGCUGGCUCCCCUCACCGAUGCUAUGCUCGACCUGAAGAACGAGCUCUGCGGUGGCAACCAAACCUUCGUGGUUGGCUUCAAUCCCGACACUCAGCUCACGCAUGGCCUGGUCACGCCGACUGGCUUGGAAAUCGGCAGAAAUCUGACACUCAGUGAGUUGGGAGUGCAAGCCCACAAGGCCACCUCGCCGGAGACGACCCCCGGAGAAUCUCCAACCUACCUCUUGUUUUCUACAGACAAGAAUUCAUUCAAUACGGAUAAUACCCGGAGCAUCGAGCUUGAGAGCGGCAUGAGCCCCUUUUGCCUUGAGACCUCGAUCUUGAACCCAGAUGGUCUAUAUCACAACGAUUCUUCACUAAGAGAGUGGACAGACGCUCUAACCAGGAAUGCUGCAGCCAGCAUCGGACUCCAUGAUGUGCGAAGUUGUGAGGAGAUGCGUGGGAUGUGCAACGGUGUGGAUAACCGCUUGUUGCGAAUGGUGUGCGGCGAAACAUGUGGAUGCACAGAUCCUUACAGCAGUGCUUGGUACAAGGUGGCAGCUCAAGGAUGUGCUCCGGUAUGCUUACAGAUUGCACAGGCGAGUUUGAGUGGAGGUUCGUGCGAAGAUGCAGCCAAGGAUGCAGACUGGCAGGUUUUCUGGAGAACCUAUCCAGAAGCAGUAUCGCACUUUUAUGGUGCAGAUGUGACGCAAACUCUUCUUUGGCCCUUUGCACAGGAGACAAUCAACGCGAUGCUGCAAGACGGAUGUGCGGCGCUGUCGCAGUUUCCGACUGAUGUGAUGACCAACGCCGAAUGGUGCUCCGGGAUGCCACAACUCUUUCGGCCUUUGUCUGCUGUGUGUCCUCAGAGUUGUGGCUGCGGGCAACGAGCGGAUCUCGCACAUUGCCCCACCAGCUGUGCCUCUGGCAACUCCACGGAGUGA